AUGCAUAAGACGGCUCCCCAGGAGGACCAGGAGAACAUCAAUCCGGAGAAGGCAGCGCCCGCCCCGCAGCCGCGGAGCCAGGCCGCGCCCGCGGUGCUCAAAGCCGGCCCUGCGCGGGCGGCGGGGCCGCCGAGGCCCAAGACACGACGGGCUGCACCCCUAAAGGACCUGCCGAUAAAUGAUGAACCUGUCAGCGCUCUUCCUCCUUGGAAGGCUAACAGUAAACAGCCCGCCUUCACUAUUCAUGUGGACGAAGCCCCUGCAGAAUCUCGGAAGCCGCCACCCGAACCCAAAGCCACGGAGUGCGAAGAUGUGCUGGCUUUCAAUACAGCCAUUGCUUUGUCUGGCACACGAAAACCUCUGGUACCUCUUGAUUUUCCAAUGGAUGGUAGUUUGGAGUCACCACAUGCUAUGGACAUAUCAAUUGUGCUAGAAGAUGAGAAGCCAGUGAGUGUGAAUGAAGUGCCAGAGUACCACGCAGACAUCCAUGCAUACCUCAGGGAGAUGGAGGUUAAAUGUAAACCUAAAGUGGGUUACAUGAAGAAGCAGCCUGACAUCACCAACAGUAUGAGGGCCAUCCUGGUGGACUGGCUGGUAGAAGUGGGGGAGGAGUACAAGCUGCAGAACGAGACCCUGCACCUGGCUGUGAACUACAUUGACCGCUUUCUAUCCUCCAUGUCUGUGCUGAGAGGAAAGCUCCAGCUCGUGGGUACUGCCGCCAUGCUGCUUGCCUCAAAGUUUGAAGAAAUAUACCCCCCAGAAGUAGGCGAGUUUGUGUACAUUACAGAUGAUACCUAUUCUAAGAAACAGGUUCUGAGAAUGGAGCACCUGGUUUUGAAGGUCCUUGCUUUUGACCUGGCUGCACCUACAGUAAACCAGUUUCUUACACAGUACUUCCUACACCUGCAGCCUGCAAACAGCAAGGUUGAAAGCUUAGCAAUGUUUUUGGGAGAAUUAUGUCUGAUAGAUGCGGACCCGUACUUGAAGUACCUGCCGUCGAUUAUUGCCGGAGCUGCCUUUCACUUAGCACUCUAUACCAUCACAGGACAGAGCUGGCCGGAAUCAUUAGUCCAAAAGACUGGAUACACCCUGGAAAGCCUCAGGCCUUGCCUCCUGGACCUCCACCAGACCUACCUCAGAGCACCACAGCAUGCGCAGCAGUCCAUUCGAGAGAAGUACAGAAACUCAAAGUAUCAUGGGGUUUCUCUCCUCAACCCACCCGAGACACUAAAUCUGUAACUAUGAAGGAUGCCUUGCUUUCUAAUGUAAAUCAUUCCAAGUACAUGGUGUACAGUUUUUAUUUUAGGUUUUAAUUUCACAAUCAUUUCUGAACAUACAAGUUUUGGCCAAGGACAAAUUAUGGUAUCUAUCAUUUUUAAGUGGUUUUAAUUUGUAUAUCUUUUUGUACAUGUAUCUAUCUCCGAUAAUUAGCUAAUUUUAAGUGGUUUUAGUAAAUAUUGACUCCAGCCGCCAAUAUAAGAAUAAAUUGAUUUGGAAGUCUUCAUAAGUGAAGGUUAAUUUGAAGUAAAACUAUGACUUUUGGGGGAUAUCAUUUAGAAAUGCUCUCUUAGCUUAGGGUUUAUUAUAUAAUAAGGAAAGCUCUUCUCUAGGAAAGCAGACCCUCCCUCAAAUUCUGACAUUCUUUAUCCUAAAUAAUUGGGCCUAUUUGCUGCACUGUUCACACUUUCUUUUGACUGGGAAAAGUGUGCUCUGGACCCAGCUCUUGUCUGUCUCUUUGCUCUUUCUCUUAGCUCUUUCUUUGCAUGAAGUGUGGCAGCUUAUUAAAUAACUUAUUCCUCAUCAACCUUUACAAACUCAAAAGAUUACAGAUGGGAAGCUCUGAAAUAGAUAACGUUCUCUAGAAAUGUUCAUUUGAAGCAUAAUGUAAAAGAAAAGAAACUGCUAGGUUUUCUAAAGGACUUUUGAAUAAAAAAUACCCAAGAUUGUUAGCAUGGAUGGAAUAAAUAUCCUUUUAAUAGUUAUAUAUAUACAUACAUUAAAUCAUGUUAACUCUAA